CCCACCUGGCGGCGCUCAGCAGCCCGCAGUUGUUGUUCCUCUGACUGUGACAGCUAGUUAGAGGCGGGCCGGCAGCAUACCAUGAAUAAACAGGCGGGUGAGAGGUCCCGCAGUUACCUGUAGUCUUUGGCUGGGCUUUGCUUUUGUGUAAACGGGUGAACCAUUUAUCGGAGGCUCUUUUUUUCGACAGCCCUCCGCUACAAUAGCUUAGCUUGCUAGCAGUCAUUAGCGACAUUAUUUCAUGCGUGUGAAUGGAAGAGCUCUUCCUCAUUGCUUUUACCAUAAAGGGGCAGUUCAGCUUUCAGAGGCUGACCCAGUGGAGGAUAAAUCCCCAGUGAGUUCCCGUAAAGGCUCACAAGCUGCUAUGGAGCCGUACCCGGCUGUGGGCUGUGUGAACAUCGGCAGUCUGACCAGCACCUUGCCGGUGAUCCCCUGUCAGAAGCUGACGGACCUGUACUACCUGAGCAGGGGGGGCUUCGGCACCGUGUUCAAGGCGCAGCACUCCGACUGGAGGACCACCGUGGCCAUCAAGUGCCUGAAACUCGACAAUCCCGUUGAAGAAAGACACAGGAACAGCCUGCUGAAGGAGGCCGAGGUGCUCCACAAAGCCAGGUUCAACUACAUCAUCCAGAUCUUUGGCAUCUGCAACGAGCCCGAGUUCUUCUGCAUCAUCACCGAGUUCAUGAGCAAUGGCUCCCUGGACCAGUUGCUCCACGAGAAGGACACGUACCCCGUGCUGGCCUGGCCCUUGCGGCUGAGGAUCCUGUAUGAGAUUGCGCUGGGGGUUAACUUCCUGCACAACAUGAACCCACCACUCCUACAUCACGACCUAAAGACGCAGAACAUACUGAUGGAUGGGGAGUUUCAUGUAAAGAUUGCAGACUUUGGUCUUUCAAAGUGGCGCCAGCUGUCCGUCAGCAGAGGCUCGGGGUCCAAGCCCACAGAGAUGGUUGGCACGGUGAUCUACAUGCCCCCCGAGAAGUACGAGCCCUCCAAGAGCCGCCGGGCCGACGUCAAGCACGACGUGUACAGCUAUGCCAUCAUCAUGUGGGAAGUGCUGUCCAGGCAGAUUCCAUUCGAAGAGGUGACCAACGUCAUGCAGAUCAUGUUUAGUGUGCUGCGUGGGAUGCGUCCUGACACGGGGGAGGAGAGCCUGCCCCCCGACAUCCCCAACAGAGAGACCCUCAUCACUCUGAUGACCUGCGGCUGGACCACCAACCCCGACGAAAGACCUUCCUUCCUCAAGUGUUUGAUCGAGCUGGAGCCCAUGGUGAGGACGUUUGACGAAAUCGACUUCCUGGAGGCCGUGUUGGAGAUCAAGAGGUCAAAGCUGCGGUGGGGGUCCGCCUGCUGCUCAGCACAGCCGGUGAGUGAGAAGAGGAGUGAGGAGGGGUCCCUCAGCAUGCUGAAGGACAGAAGCAGCCCCUGGCCGGAGAGCUCCACCCCCACCUCCUGCUCUGGCUCCUCCCAGGACACAGACAUAUCGGUCCCUGGGGCCCUCAGCAGCAGCAAUAUGGCAUUUUCUAAAGAUGGGGAGGGGCUCCCGUCGUCUUUUAUACCAAAUACUCUGGAGGCCCCUGCGUCUCUGAGGGACCAAGACAACAAUCUGAACAGCUACCAGAGUGCAAAGCCCAUGAACGACUUGAACAUACCCGUCAAACUAGGCACGCCUGCCACUUGCUGUGAGACCCAGCUGGAAAACCUCACCAUCAAGCCUCAGCUUCAGCAACAGGUUGCAGCUGAUUACUCCCCCCCGCUGCGUCACUCCCCCCCCCUACAAGGCCCGAUCGCCCGGUGGAUCGAGGCCCGGCGCGAGGAGAUCGUCCUCCAGAUGACGGUGGCGUGUCUGAACCAGAGCUGCGACGCGCUGCUGUCCCACACGCUACUGAUGCAGGAGGACUACGAGCUGGUCAUGACCCAGAGCACGCGCACCGCCAAGGUCCGCCAGCUGCUGGACGACUGCCGCCGGCAGGGGGAGGACUUCUGCCGCAUCGUGGUCCGAAAGCUGAGAGACAACAAGCAGAACGGCCUGCAGCCCUACCCCCCCGAGAUGGGCUCCCCCACCUUCGCCCCCUCUGCACCCCCCCUCUGCACCUCUUACAACAUCACCAGGAACAUGUAGCAGCCACACCAUGUGCAAACUUUACACUACACUCCCUGGUGUUGGCAAGAUGGCCGCUGCAGUUACUGUGCCCUCAAAGACGCUGUGGGUGAACACUGCUUAAAAGAAUAUUCCCUCACAUGAGACAAAAGGUUGUCUUCCAGAAGAAAAAAAAUGUUUGUCGGAAUCUGUCUUUUUAUUUAACAAUCUUAUGGAUUUAAUUUAUAGUUCCUUCAUUCUGAGUGGAUGUAUCGCAGGGUUUUUGUGUUAUGUUUUUGUCUCCAAAAAUAGCAUUAUGUGAAAGUGUGAUAAUAACACAAUAUAGCCCAGUAUUUUUGUUUGUGUGUGAGAGUGUGUGUACACUCAGUCGACUAGAGGACUGUUAACAUGCUGGAAGACCGACUGCAAAACUAAGGUAUUCCUAUAAAAAGCACUCUUAAAGUAUCAUGGGUGAACAAUAAUAGCCAAGUACGUGUUCUUGGACGUUAAUGGUAAUACAACACUCAGAAUGAGAGGGCUGCGUGUGUGUCUGCAUGUGUGUCUAGAUAAAAAGUGGACCAGA